AUGUGCCCAGAAGGAGCCGACAAUACAGACACUGAAAGUCAGCGCUCCAGUCGAAUUACUGCUGAUCCUGACCUUGAGGAUGAUGAUAACGACUCGGCAUAUGGGGACGAAGCCUUAACCGAAACCACCUCGAUAUCGUCGUGGAUUAGGGACUAUCGUGUGGAGAAUGGCCGGACUUACCACGCCUUUAAGGAUGGGAAGUACUGGGGCGCUAACGACGAAGAGGCCAACCAACACCAUGAUAUCGGACACAACCUGUAUCUCAGAACUCUCAACAACCGCCUCUUCCUUGCGCCUAUCAAUCCCAAUCCAUCUCAAAUCCUUGAUCUCGGUACUGGCACCGGAGCAUGGGCCAUUGAUGUCGCUGACCUAUACCCUUCGGCUGUCGUCACCGGGACAGACCUCUCCCCCAUUCAACCCACGUGGGUCCCGCCCAACGUCCGCUUCGAGAUCGACGACAUGGAAGCUGAAUGGACUUACGACCCCAAUAGCUUCGAUCUCAUUCAUAUCCGCGGCCUCCAUGGCACCAUAGAGGACUGGCCCGCCUUGUAUGCGCAAUGCAUGCGCUGCUUGAAGCCCGGCGGGUGGCUCGAGCAGGCAGAAUACUCUGCGAAAUUCACCUGCGAGGACAACAGUAUCCCUGCAGACGGCGGCAUUGCGGCGUGGAACAAGGUCGGCCCUGAGUGUCACGCAAAGCUCAAUCGUGAGUUGCAGGUCCUCGAGUCCAUGAGUCAACACAUGGUCAAUGCGGGCUUUGAAUCCGUCACCGAACGCCGGUAUAAGUGGCCUAUCGGACCUUGGCCCAAGGAUCCUAAUCUUAAACAACUUGGUCAGUGGUGCAGAGCGCAUAUCGAAACCGGCCUGGAGAAUUGGACGUUGAGGCUGUUGACGAGUGUCUUGGGGUGGACCGCGGACGAAGUCAGAGCUCUAUGCGCCACGGUUAGGAAUGAACUGAGGAAUCCCAGGGUCCAUGCAAUCCAUCGCAUGAAUGUGGUUUAUGCGAGGAAGCCUGGUAGUGCGAGGUGA